GGCGCCGGCACUCGGCCCGCCACUCGCGUCCCAACACCCGCCGCGCUCGGACGGCAUGGCGAUCGCGUGUUAAAACUACGUGCUCCGUAGUGCUGUGAAACUCCCACUUUCAACAUCGACAUCAACUGCAUCAUGGCUGGGUAUAGAGGUGGCGCGGCGUCGGCUGCGUUCUGGAUGUCGCUCGCGACUUCGCUUUUUGUCGCGACGUGUCGGGCUGGACCCGUGGGACCUCUCCCGAAUGUGACCAGCGUCGACAUGGGAUUAAAAGAAGGAAGCUGUGCUCUCGGGGACGUGGUGUACCUCCCCGGAGACGACUUCCCAGGCACGGACCCUUGCGAGAAAUGCAAGUGUUCCAACGGCGGAGUCCAGUGCGAGAAGCAGCAGUGUGAGCCCAGGCCUGGCUGCAAGGCGUUGCACCGACCUGAUCACUGCUGUCCCACUUAUCAAUGUGAAUGUGAGCAAGAAGGUCGCGUGUACAGCAACGGUGAGAAGUUGGUGGACCCCGCGGACCCCUGCCGCGUAUGCUACUGCCAGGGAGGGGAGGUGGUCUGCAGGACCAUCGCCUGCUUCGUGCGAGACGACUGCAGCCCCAGGCUCGUGCCGGGCAGGUGCUGUCCGGAAUAUGACAACUGUCCAGUUAGAGGUGUAACGGUCCUUCCCGGUAUAUCAUCGCUACCUCCACAUUUGUCGACCACCGAUGAAGUCAAGAACAGCCCUGUACAAUCACCAAAAGAGAACAUUAAACAAGAAAUCACCAUCAAGGAAAUAACGCCAGUGUCUGAAAUUCCAGUGAUCACCGAUGUCAAGAUCAAAGAGAUCCUUCCAUCACCCAGUAUUGACGUUGCGGAAUAUUCAUCAUCUAAAUCCCCUCUUAUACCGCGAGAGGCCACAUCUGAGAAAAGCGUAAAAUCUGAAAGUGAAGUAAAAAUUGAAACACCAACAAUUACUGAAGUUCAUGCUUCACCUGCUUUCGAAGAAUCUAAAGCAGAUACUUCAAACAAAGAUUUGGCUGACAUGCCCCCUUCAAAAAUAAGUUUCUCUACACAAGAUUCCAUUAACAGCGAAAUUUAUCCUUCAAAUGGGCCUAUAAUUGCAACUAUGGGCGUACCUUCAAUGGGACCCGACCCUAUGCCUGUUGCUACCACCACCAAAUCUCCAGUGAUGGAAGAAGAGGACACAUCGCUUUUCGACCACAAUCCAGCCUUCCCGCCGUUGCCGGAUGAUUUCUCUGUGCUCAGUAAUCACGGGGAAGAUAUCGUUCCAGAACCUUCUGCCGACAGUGAUCAUAUUCCUCCCCACGAAAUGAUGAUUCCAAAUGUUGUGCCAACCGAGCCAAAAGUGGAAGAACCUUUAUCAACCACGCAGAAAGACCUACCCGACACAACCGUGACUACGGUAAAAAUACCUGAAACAUCAGCUGAAGUCAGCACGUUAAAAGUAGACAGUACAGAAUUUACAAGUCCUAAAGAUAAUCCAAUGCUCAAUUUACGAUCUGCCAUCCCCAUUGAAUUACUUGGUGUUCCCGCUUAUAUAGCCCACGAUUUAGAAUCAGAGUUAGACACGACUACAGAUGAACCUGCGUCUAUAUCGACGAUUCUGGGUUCUGAAAACAGUAGGAAAGUAGAUGAUAAUGCAACUGAGAAACCUACGCAGGCGUCUGAAGAGCAAUCACCUACUAUGUCUUCCGCGGAAAUUGAUACUACUACACACAAAUUAAUUACGACUACUGACUACGGAUCGAGCAUUGCAGAUCAGGAACAGACAAAUAGCUCGAUUGCUAAAUCCAAUAUCGCCACUGAAGUGACCUCUCAGACCGAACUCAGUUCUUUACCUAUUGAAACCAGUGACCAGAAACCUCAUGAGACCGAGGCUGUUAAAGACAAAAGUGCGUCAACCACAGAUCCGUUGAUGACCAGUUCGAGAAUAUCACCUACAGGAUCUGAAGUUAUCACUGUAUCUCGAGCCGUUUCAGGCGACAACAAUAUGUUUGAAAAUGUUGAGACUACCGAGUUUAUUCUCACACCAUUAGGAUCUAUGGAGACAGCGACCGAUUCCGUAGAACUCAUUAAAAUUUCCGGUGACUCAGAGAAACAUGCACCAAUUAUUGAAGCAUCUGCCGAAGAAAAUAAAACCAAUCUUCUAAAAGAUUUGAUCAAUUUAGUGAGCGAUGUAGCAUCUAUAAACGAUCAUACAGACUCGCCAGGCGUAGUUCAUGUUACUGGCGUCACUAGCAUUGCUGAUUCUGAAGAGUUGAUACCCGUGAAUGCUGGAUACAAAAGCAAGAACAGCAAUUCAAACCAGAACUCUAUCACAGAAGUGCCAGUAAAAAAUAAGAACGCCGUGAACAAGCAAAAAGUAGUCGAGAUCGAAGGCGAUGGCGAUGAUACCGACAACAUUACAGACUCUCCACCUCCCAAUGAUAAGAUUGAGCCAACGACACGUAGACCGAUAAUCGACAACGUAUCUGACGAUAUGCCGGAAAAUAAGACGGAGAAAAAAGAUAUAGAGAUUAUCACCCAGUCUUACGUGCCGACUAUCAACCGCCGACCAACCAAGGUUGUUAUGAAGAAGAGCAAUGACAAACCAAUAUCGGACUCGCUUGAAGAUACGCCGAUAUCGUUCUCAGCCGAGAUGACGACAGAGGGCAAUGCUUCCUCAAGCGAAGCAGAGACGGUGGCACCUGACGUCACCACCCUCGAGGUAGAGAGAAUGGACAACCCGGCGAACGCUACUCUAAGCACAAAGUGAGCGGCCCGCAACGUUGUCGAUGGAACCUCAGCUAUCAGCAUUUAGAUAAUAAGUUUCGUUCUUGAAACUAUAGGUUAAACUUAGAGACUAUUAGUUAGUGAACCCUAUCUGAAUAUCGUAUUCGUCGUCAAUUGUCCGCUGCGGCGGCGAGCAUAGUGUAUAUUGUAAUGUAAGUAGACGUCCGACACAACGCGGUCGAAUUCAAUUUAGUAGCUGGACAAAUUAUUUAUAGUAAUAUGAGGGCGCAACGCGUCGCAUUGUGUCAAAUUACGGUUAGACCCUUGUUAGUGUAAGUUUAUUUAUUUUAGUGAGAGAUUUGUAAGUGGUCGGUGUAAGCAACCAAGCUAGUCAUGUGACGGCGCGGGCGGCCGCUCGCGCUCCUCAGCCACGUUGCCAUUACUGCUAGCUUUUAACAAGAGCAUGACAAACGCAGCCGUAGACAUUCCAUAGGUUUAGUUCCUUUAGUCGCCGUGAGAGAACUCGGCAGCGUGCGGUCGCACAGCCGCAAGAGACAACAAAAUUGGUACAAAAACGAAUUUGGUAAUUAAGAAAUGCGAACGUUAGGAAGCGCUUAGACCUAGUGGGAUUAGAAUAUAUGUGAUUGCACAUAGUUUAUUUAUUGCACACGUGACGUGUUUGGUAUUGAGUUAUGUUUCGGUUUGGCCCCGUCUCCGGUCCAGUGCCUCGAGCUGCCUGCAGUCGGUUCGUUGAGUUGUGACUCGUGUAAGGUGCUGCCUAUUGCUCCGGAAGACCGCAUUCUUUUCCCGGGCAAUAAGCGCAUGUGCUCACUGUAUUAUUUUAUUAUUAUUGUUUUUUUACAAAUAAAAGAAACCUAGACUGAUAAA